AUGUCCGAAAUUGCUAAAAGCACCGAUUUCAAGUCUUUAGGCCUAUCGAAAUGGCUUACCGAAUCGUUAAAGGCUAUGAAGAUUACUCAGCCAACCGCCAUUCAAAAGGCUUGUAUUCCUAAAAUUCUGGAAGGAAGAGAUUGUAUUGGUGGUGCCAAGACCGGUUCUGGUAAAACUAUUGCGUUUGCCGGACCUAUGUUAACCAAAUGGUCCGAAGACCCAUGUGGGAUGUUCGGGGUGGUUUUGACGCCCACCAGAGAGUUGGCCAUGCAAAUAGCCGAACAAUUUACUGCGCUUGGUAGUAACAUGAACAUCAGAGUAUCUGUGGUGGUCGGUGGUGAAAGCAUUGUUCAACAGGCUUUGGAUUUACAAAGAAAGCCACACUUCAUCAUCGCUACGCCUGGUCGUCUGGCACACCAUAUAAUGAGCAGCGGGGAAGACACCGUUGGGGGACUCAUGAGAGCCAAGUACUUGGUCUUGGAUGAAGCCGAUAUUCUGUUGACCAGCACUUUUGCUAAUCAUUUGGCCACGUGUAUAGGUGCCCUACCUCCCAAGGAUAAGAGACAAACUUUACUAUUCACUGCUACCAUAACAGACCAAGUAAGGUCACUGCAAGAUGCUCCAGCACAAGGGAAUAAACCUCCAUUAUUCGCUUACCAAGUAGAAAGCGUGGAUAACGUUGCCAUCCCGUCAACAUUGAAAACAGAGUAUAUCUUGGUUCCAGAACAUGUGAAAGAGGCGUAUUUGUAUCAGUUGUUAACGUGUGAAGAAUACGUAAACAAAACCGCCAUAGUAUUUGUAAAUAGAACGAUGAGUGCGGAAAUCCUAAGGAGAACUUUGAAACAGUUGGAAGUCAGAGUGGCAUCGUUGCACUCUCAAAUGCCCCAGCAGGAAAGAACGAACUCGUUACACAGAUUUCGCGCUAAUGCGGCCAGAGUCCUAAUCGCUACAGAUGUCGCAUCCAGAGGUUUGGAUAUCCCAACCGUCGAGCUUGUAGUCAAUUACGAUAUUCCUUCAGACCCGGAUGUAUUCAUUCAUAGAUCCGGUCGUACUGCGCGUGCUGGUAGAGACGGUGACGCCAUAUCCUUUGUCACCCAAAGAGACGUUUCCAGAAUAGAGGCCAUCGAAGACCGUAUCAACAAGAAGAUGACAGAGGCAAACAAGGUCCAUGACACCGCCGUUAUAAGAAAAGCAUUGACCAAGGUAACAAAGGCGAAGAGGGAGUCGCUGAUGGCAAUGCAAAAGGAGAAUUUCGGUGACAGAAGGAGACUACAAAAGCAGAAGCAGAUGGACAGCAAAAGUAUGCGUUCCUGA